AUGAUGCCUUACGAACAUAAAAACGAAUUUCAACAUGCUGCGGAAUUUUUAUGGACAUCUUAUGCAAAUGUAAUUUCCAUCGGAAUGGAUGAAAGUAUUUUCAAGAUGAGAGAAUCUAGCAGAACAAAAGAAAAAAAUAAAUUCCAUCAUUAUGCAAAGAUGACGAAAAGACAUUUAAAAGAGUUGAGAUGA